CUGUCACAAAUGGGUGACAGUUAUGAUAUAGUAGUCAACUGCAGCGGUUUGAACGCUAAGAGUCUCGUCAAUGACUGGAAGAUGAUUCCAGUGAGGGGUCAGGCAAUUAAGGUGAGGGCGCCGUGGAUUAAACACUUCUACUUCGCCGACGAGGCCUAUGUCAUCCCCGGUAGAGAUUACGUAACUUUGGGCGGUAUUAAACAGUACGGAAAUUCGGACUUAAAUCUCAAUGAUUUGGAUCGACAAUCAAUUUGGCAGAGAGUGACAGAAGUGGUACCGAGUCUUCAAAACGCAGAAGUAGUCAUGGAAUGGGUUGGACUUCGACCGCAACGACAGCCCGUAAGAGUGGAGACCGAGAUUAUAGACAACAUUGGGUUGAAUCACACGAAGAGUAACCUAAAGGUGGUUCAUAACUACGGACACGGAGGGCAUGGCAUUACCUAUUCGUGGGGAACUGCAAAACAGGCCACAGAAUUGGUCCAACAAUUAUUAUUAAGUGAUUCCUCGCAUCAAUUGUCAUCCAAAUUAUAA